CGCUGCUCAAUAUACCGACAGAACAAGCCACAACCUCAUUGUCGGCCAAUUUACUCAUCGACAAUGGGUAGCUCGUCACAAUCCAGCACGAGGACACUCCUCGGUAUCUUCUUCCUGCUGCUUGUGCAGCUCUCCUCCGCCUUGAAAUUCGACCUGCACGCCAGCAGCGGGCACAACGAGCGAUGUAUACGCAACUUUGUCUUCAAGGACCAAUUGGUCGUUGUGACUGCUAUUGUGAGCGGGCACAAGGGUGAUGGGCAGGUUGUGAAUAUGCACAUUAAGGAUGCGCUUGGCAAUGACCAUGGUCGGCCUAAGGAUAUCGCGGGCGAGACUCGUCAGGCAUUCACCUCUGUUGCGGACACGGCGUUUGAUGUUUGCUUUGAGAAUAAGCUGGUUUCUCACCAUGGUGUUGCGAACCCGUACAAGUCUGUCGAACUCGAUGUCGAGAUUGGCGCCGACGCCCGUGACUGGUCCAGCGUUCAGGCUGCGGAGAAGCUCAAGCCCGUCGAAACUGAUCUCCGUCGUAUCGAGGAGAUGAUGGAGUACCUGCGGGCCCGCGAACAGAAGCUGCGGGAUACCAACGAGAGCACCAACGAGCGUGUGAAGUGGUUUGCCUUUGGCACUAUGGGGAUGUUGGUCGGUCUUGGUGUUUGGCAGGUUGUAUACCUCAGGGCUUACUUUAGGUCGAAGCAUCUUAUCUGAGAUCUUGUCGUGUUUUGUUUUGGAUCCCCCUGUUGUGUGGACAAGGCUGCUCAUGGUUGAUUCUCCGUUGAGUUGCAUGACAGGCACGGAGUUCUCAGUCGCAUUUGAUGGAUUCGGCCUCGUGUAAUUUCAGGUAUAUUUAUGGUGCAUUGCUUCGAUUUCCGUACUUAUGAAAUGACACCGGUAAUGAAUAGAAGUGCUUCCAGU